AUGUUUAAGAGAUCCCUUCAACGUCAAUUUACACGUUUUAACUCCCACGGCCACGGCCACGGACACGUUUCCAAGUUCAUCAACGAACCAGCUUUCAAGCUUGACGCAAAGAAGGGUGCUGAAUUCAUCAAGAAAUACGAAGAAAAGGUCCACCACUCCGAAGGUGUUACCAACUUAUGGAAGAAGAUUACCUACUUUGUUGCCAUUCCAGCCAUUCUCUUGGCCGCUGUCCCAAUUAUCAACAUUGAAUUGCACCACGCCAAGCACAGAGAGCACCAAAAGCAUUUGUCCGACGAAGAAUGGCCAACCCAAUACGAUUACCAAAACAUCAGAAACAAGAAGUUCUUCUGGGGUGAUGGUGACAAGACCUUGUUCUGGAACAAUGACUGUAACAGACACAUCGAGCAUUAG